AUGGGUUCACUGCCAAAAAAUGUUGGAAUUCUUGCCAUGGAAAUUUACUUCCCUCCAACUUGCAUCCAGCAGGAAGUGUUGGAGGCUCAUGAUGGAGCAAGCAAAGGGAAAUACACAAUUGGGCUUGGACAAGAUUGCAUGGCAUUUUGUGAUGAAGUAGAAGAUGUCAUUUCAAUGAGUAUGACAGCUGUCACUUCACUUCUUGAGAAGUACGGGGUAGACCCAAAACAAAUUGGUCGUCUGGAAGUUGGAAGUGAGACUGUGCUAGACAAGAGCAAAUCCAUCAAGACAUUCUUGAUGCCAAUCUUUGAGAAACAUGGAAAUACUGACAUAGAAGGUGUUGACUCAACAAACGCAUGCUACGGGGGAACUGCAGCAUUAUUCAACUGCGUCAACUGGGUAGAAAGUAAUUCAUGGGAUGGACGCUAUGGACUUGUAGUCUGCACAGAUAGUGCGGUCUACGCAGAUGGACCAGCUAGGCCAACUGGAGGAGCUGCUGCUAUUGCCAUGUUAAUAGGGCCUAAUGCUCCUAUUGUAUUUGAAAGCAAGCUCAGAGCAAGUCAUAUGGCUCAUGUCUAUGAUUUUUACAAGCCGAAUCUUGCCAGUGAAUAUCCAGUUGUUGAUGGCAAGCUUUCUCAGACUUGUUAUCUCAUGGCUCUCGAUUCUUGUUACAAUAGCUUCUGUUCCAAGUAUGAAAAAUUGGAGGGCGAGCAGUUUUCAGUUGCUGAUGCUGACUACUUUGUAUUUCAUUCUCCUUAUAACAAGCUUGUACAAAAGAGCUUUGCUCGUCUAUUGUUCAAUGAUUUUUCGAGAAACGCCAGUUCCAUUGAUGAGGCUGCUAAAGAAAAGCUGGCCCCUUUCUCAUCUUUAACUAUCGAUGAAAGCUACCAAAGUCGUGAUCUUGAGAAGGCAUCCCAGCAAGUCGCGAAGGUAUUUUACGAUACAAAGGUGCAGCCAUCAACUCUAAUACCAAAGCAAGUUGGGAACAUGUACACUGCAUCAAUGUAUGCUGCAUUUGCAUCCCUCCUCCACAAUAAAAGUAGCACACUGGCUGGACAGAGGGUGAUAUUGUUCUCCUAUGGCAGUGGUUUGUCUGCGACAAUGUUUUCACUCCGUCUCAACGAGGCUCAACAUCCGUUUAGCCUGUCAAACAUUAAAACUGUCAUGAACGUUUCAGAGAAAUUGAAGUCAAGGAAUGAGUUCCCUCCAGAAAAAUUUGUCGAAACAAUGAAGUUGAUGGAGCAUAGGUACGGAGCAAAGGACUUCGUCACGAGCAAGGACUGCAGCCUUCUUGCUCCCGGCACAUACUAUCUGACAGAAGUCGACUCCAUGUAUCGAAGAUUCUAUGCCAAGAAAGGUUACGAGAAUGGCACAAUAGCCAAUGGUCACUAA